AAAUGAUUUCAGUCAGCCACAUCUUCGUUAGUUACUCCAGUGUCCUCUAUAUAAUGGCCCCAUCGAUCUUGUCCUCGUCUUUCUUUUUAGUUUAUAAUUUAUAACUUCAACUAAUAACAUCCACACAAAAAUAGAAUUGCUCUUAGAACACAAAAAACAAACCAAAUAAUAAACUGCUUUCUUUAUAUUUAUAAAAGCCUCUUUCCUAUACUGACAUAAGCAAGCUAUUCUAUAAUUCACACAAAAGAAAUAAAAUAAAAUAAACCAUGGCUGUACCGGUAAUUAUGUGGUGGCUACUAAUGGUGGUCGUGGUGGUUCAAUCAGAGUACUCCCCCUCAGUAAUUCAAUUAAAGUGGGAGGUUGAGUAUAAGUUCUGGUGGCCGGAUUGUAAGGAAGGCAUUGUUAUGGCCAUCAAUGGCCAGUUUCCGGGGCCGACUAUCGAAGCGGUCGCCGGAGACAACGUCAACAUCCACGUCAUUAACAAACUCUCCACUGAAGGUGUUGUCAUUCAUUGGCAUGGCAUACAUCAGAACGGGACAGCAUGGGCAGAUGGAGCAGCGGGUGUGACGCAAUGUCCUAUAAACCCUGGCGAAACUUUCACUUACAGUUUCAUUGUUGAUAAGCCAGGAACAUAUUUCUACCAUGGACACUAUGGGAUGCAGAGAUCGGCGGGACUGUACGGAAUGUUGAUAGUGAAAUCACCGGAAGAGACAUUAAAAUACGAUGGAGAGUUUAAUUUGUUGCUUAGCGACUGGUGGCAUAAAAGCAUUCACGCGCAAGAACUCGCUCUUUCUUCUCAACCAAUGCGUUGGAUCGGAGAACCUAAGAGCUUGUUGAUCAACGGAAAAGGACAGUUUAAUUGUUCACAAGCAGCACAUCUUACCAAAAAAGAUGAUCAAUGCACGUUUAAAGGGAAAGACGAAGAUCAGUGCGCAUCUCACACUCUACGGGUCGAGCCUAAUAGAGUUUACCGUCUUCGAAUCGCUAGCACCACUGCUCUUGCUUCCCUCAACUUGGCCGUUCAAGAACACGAGCUUGAAGUUGUUGAAGCCGACGGCAAUUACGUCAAACCGUUCAACGUCAGCGACAUUGACAUUUAUUCCGGCGAGACCUAUUCCGUUCUUCUCAGAACCAACGGAUCUAUUUCCAAGAAGUACUGGAUCUCCGUCGGCGUUCGUGGCCGGAAACCUGAAACUCCUCCGGCACUCACCAUGUUAAAUUACGUCAAUGCCCCUGAAGCUGAUCGCCCAGCUAAACAUCCACCGGAGACUCCACGGUGGGACGAUUUCGAUCGGAGCAUAACUUUCACGAAGAAGAUCUUCGCAGCGGAGGGAACUCUAUCGCCGCCGGAGAAUGUUGGAUAAUCUUCAAAAGGCUUAAGGCCCAAGAUGACUUUAAUGAGGAGGUUAAAGUUUAAGAUAGGUCUAGAAUGUUCUAAUUAGGUUUGGAGUUAUAUUUUCCUAAUUGUAAUAUGAUUAGCAAAGUUGUGCUAUCUAUAAAUAAGGCUCUAGGGUUGAGUUGUAACCUCAUGAGUUUAGAGAAAGCUUGUUUAGUUUUAAGAGAGUUUCUAAACAAUCAAUAAAGAGAGUUAUACUUUGUUGAA